AUGGACGGAGUUGUGUCGGUGUUUCCGAACAGGAUACACCAGCUCCAGACGACAUCAUCUUGGAAUUUUCUUGGUCUCAAGGAAGCCGAGAGAGCAUACUCAAACUCAAGCACCGAAAGCAAUAUCAUCAUUGGAGUCAUUGAUACUGGAAUCUGGCCAGAAUCGGAAAGCUUUAGCGACAAAGGCUUUUCACCUCCUCCUAAGAAAUGGAGAGGUGUUUGUGAAGGCGGCAAAAACUUCUCUUGCAACAGCAAGCUUAUUGGAGCACGGUACUAUGGGAUGGAGUCAGCCAGGGACAACGAUGGCCAUGGGUCACAUACGGCAUCCACUAUUGCUGGGAACGCUGUGAAGCAUGUGAGCUUUUACGGACAUGGAAACGGAACCGCCAGAGGUGGCGUUCCAGCCGCAAGAAUUGCAGUGUACAGCGUAUGUGAUAUCCAAGGAUGCAGAGCUGAUAGAAUUCUAUCUGCAUUUGAUGAUGUGAUAGCAGACAACGUUGAUCUCAUCAGCAUCUCCAUCUCUCUGAACGAUAUUUUUCGAUUCGAGUUGGACCCAAUCGCGAUUGGAGGUUUCCAUGCCAUGGCCAAGGGAAUCCUCACAGUGAACUCCGCUGGAAACGAUGGUCCAGGGCGUGGAUCGGUCAGAAGCGUUGCACCAUGGAUCUUAACCGUUGCUGCUAGUAAUACGAACCGCGCGUUUGUCACCAAAGUUGUUCUUGGAGAUGGCAAGACAGUUGUCGGGAAAUCAGUGAACUCGUUUGAACUUAAUGGAACAAUGUACCCUCUGGUGUAUGGAGGAUCAGCUUCAAGUAGGUGCGAUGCUGCAACCGCUGGGUUCUGCACACCACAUUGUUUAGACACUAAGCGUGUAAAAGGAAAAAUUGUGUUAUGCGAUUCUGCUCAAAAUUCAGAUGAAGUUCAAUCUAAGGGAGCCAUCGCGUCCAUCGUUAAGAGCAGCAGAGUAGAUUACGCCUUUAUCUUCUCUUUCCCAGUCUCGGUUCUCUCGGAAGAGGAAUAUAACUCUGUCAUCUCCUAUAUGAACUCGGCAAAAAACCCUAAAGCGACUGUUAUGAAAAGUGAGACGAUCUUUAACCAGACAGCUCCCAUCACUGCAUCCUACUCUUCUCGUGGUCCAAACACUCUCAUCCCUGAUAUCUUGAAGCCGGAUAUAACAGCACCAGGAACAGAGAUCCUUGCUGCUUAUUCUCCUAUUGCUCCACCGAGCGAAUCAGACACAAGACGUGUAAACUACUCUAUCAUAAGCGGAACUUCAAUGUCUUGUCCGCACAUUGCUGGUGUAGCCGCCUACGUAAAGACGUUUCACCCACGCUGGUCUCCUUCCAUGAUCCAAUCAGCCAUCAUGACUACGGCUCAGCCAAUGAAUACCUCGACUUCUCCGGCCGAUCAUAUUGCCGAGUUUGCUUAUGGAGCUGGCCAUGUCAGUCCAAUAGCCGCAGUUCACCUUGGACUUGUCUAUGAACUUACUAUAUCCGACCAUGUCACCUUCCUUUGUGGCUUGAACUACACGGGAAAGAGUUUAAGACUCAUUUCGGGUGAAAACAGCAGUUGCAGUGAAGAACAAAGCCAAUCAUUACCAAGAAACCUCAACUACCCUUCCAUGACGGCUAAAGUUGCAGCAACAGAACCAUUCAACCUGACUUUUCGUAGAACAGUCACAAACGUCGGUACAUCAAAGUCAAAUUACAAAGCCAAAGUACUCGGAGGAUCAAAACUCACCGUCAAGGUCGUUCCAGAUUCCUUGUCACUGAAGUCUAUGUACCAGAAGAAGUCUUUCACGGUUACGGUUUCAGGCCAAGGUCCCGAAGCUGACAAACUUGAGUCAUCACAGUUGAUAUGGUCUGAUGGAAUCCAUUCUGUGAAAAGCCCUAUCGUUAUUUAUGCUACGAACUAAUGCGUCAGAAUCAGUGGAUAUGUCUCUACAAAACUAUGAUUAAUAAUGACAUUUAU